GCAACGCAUGCUCUGAGAGGCCCGCAGAGAAAUGUCCACCAUGGAGGAGGAAAAGGCGGCUGCUGGUUCGAAGGUAGAUGCCGGGAUCGUUGCAGAGCCCUUCCGACAAGAGGUGAGGAAAUACAUCGAGGACAAGCUCGGUGGAGUCGGCCCUCGCUUCGUGGGCAUCCUGGCCAACACCGACCCCGCCGCCCGCAAAUACGCGGAGUGGACGGGCCGGGCUUGCAUCAAGGAUGGCAUCCGCUACGAGGUGAGGGAGUGCGAUCCCGAGGAACUCGAGGCGCGUCUUGAAGAAUGCAACGGCGACCCGGAGGUACACGGAGUGAUGAUCUACUACCCCGUGUUUGGAGCAUUCCCGUCGUUUUUCGGCGGGAGCAUGGACGACUACCUGAGGGACACGGUGUCCAUCCGCAAGGACGUCGAGGGACUGUCCAACACGUACCGGAGAAACCUCUACCACAACGUCAGGUUUGUCGAUGAGGCCAAGACGAAGAAGUGCAUCCUGCCGUGCACCCCCCUUGCCGUGGUUAAGAUAAUGGAGCACGUGGGCGUCUACGACGAGAGCCUACCCGUGGGAGACCGCCUUCAGGGCAAGACGGUGACGAUCAUCAACCGUUCAGAGAUCGUGGGCCGCCCGCUGGCCGCGAUGCUGGCCAAUGACGGAGCGACGAUCUACUCGAUCGACGUCGACUCCAUCUUCGUGUUCAAGAGGGGGGCGUUGCGCAAGACGGAGGCUACGCCGGAGGAGGCCGUGAAGCAGAGCGACGUCGUUGUCACGGGAGUGCCGUCCAAGGCAUACAAGCUGUCGGCCUCUUGGCUAAAGGAGGGGUCCGCGAUAAUCAACGUUAGCACCUUCAAGAACGUGGAUGAGGAAGACGUGUUGAAGAUUCCGGGUGUCCGGUACGUGCCGAUGGUCGGCAAGGUAACUGUCGCCAUGCUGGAGAGGAACCUGCUGCGCUUGCACGAGAACUUCGGAGAAGACAUGGCUGCGGAGACGCUGGUGAAGCGAGCCAGCAUCGAUGCGGGCUCCAGCCAGGAAAAGCCACAAGAGGGUUCGGCAUAGCCGGAUCCUUGGAUGGAGCUUGUUGGCGGCCUAUUGUUGACAGCGCUCCCCCACCGCUGCAGUUCAGGAGUUACGUUGGGGAUUGUUUUAUGUGGGGAGAAUUCAUGAGCGGGAACUUUCUGCGUAGAAGACCGAUAGUUGUGGACUAUCGUGACCUUCACGGAGUGAUUUUUCGAUGGGGCAAAUAAAGGGGCGAAGCGUCUACAGCACUCAGGCAUCGUCGUGGGAAAAGGCUAGUCGCAGCUAUCAUGCGAAGUUGAAGCUCACCCGACUUGAAGUUCUCUCUAAUGUUCAACGGAGCCGCUGGAACGUUCGAUAGAUCGUUGCUGCCGAUUUCGAAAACAAUGCUGUUGGUUUGGCAUUUUUUGGUGUCGGACGGCUUGUUCCGUGCGUGCAGGCGCAAGAUGUAGCCUGGGAGAUGGGGAGGUGAUUCGCCGUCAUCUAGUCGGGACAUGUCCGUACAGAGCUUUGCACCCUUGGCCUGUCAAUUUCUGGGUGUGUCGAACCUUCGAUCAAGUAGUGAGCUCGAUGCGGGAGUCUAAUGGACUGUUGUUUUCGUUGUUUUCGUUUCUCGCGUAUGGGGUAGUAUGCAGGAGGCACCCGACACUAAAGGGAGGGGAUCUUACCUACCAGCCUCCCUCUCUCUGUCUCAACGAUAAGAACGGCGUGCUUUCCGCAGCCGCGUGGACCCACUGCUACGAGGGCUACAUCAGAGAUGAAUCUAUCCAGUGCUUCUUCUCUGU